UAUAAACCCUACUACCCGUAACAUCUGCAAUUAAAAGACGAGAGCGAGCUCUACAGAUAUUAUAUAUACCAUAGUACUAUUAUUCCUUGAGAACAAUCAUUUAUUAAUUCCUUCAUUUUCUUGCAAGUCAGCCAAUUCUAAUUUCUAACGUUUCAGUAGCAUUUGCACUGCGAUCUUCCAUAGACGAAAAAAAAAGGCCUCAAAAGGAAGAACGGAGCUAUGGAUAUUGUGACCCAGUUGCAGAAACAGUUUAUUGACUUCUCAAACUCUCUCUAUCAUGAGGGUUUUUUGGAUGAUCAAUUCGUGCAGCUGCAAAAACUCCAAGAUGAGGACAACCCAAACUUCGUAGUUGAAGUUAUUUCACUUUUCUUUGAGGAUUCGGAGAAGCUUGUAAAUAAUUUAGGAGUUGCUCUUCAGCAGCCUGUUGUUGAUUUUAAGCAGGUUGAUGCGCAUGUUCACCAGUUCAAAGGUAGCAGUUCAAGCAUUGGUGCACAAAGAGUGAAGAAUACUUGUGUUGUUUUCAGAAACUUUUGUGAGGAGAAAAGCCUUGAUGGGUGUAUGAGGUGUUUGCAACAAAUAAAACAGGAAUACUUUCUCGUGAAGAGCAAGCUGGAAACUUUGUUCCGGCUUGAGCGGCAAAUUUUGGAAGCCGGCGGGAGAGUUCCUACAAUAGCAUAAGAGAGCUAUUGCUAAAAUUGUGAUUGAAAAAUUGAAGGGGAUGUUUUAUUUGAACAUUAUUCUUGUUAUCAUUGAACCUAGCUUCUAGUUUCUCAUGCCACUGGUAGAUUUCACGACAUGUCUGAGUCGAGCGUGUGCGCAUUUAUUUUUACUUGUUCUGUUACCUCACGUUUAUGCUUUCUUUUUCGGCAUUUGUAGUUGGUGUAGAUUCUUGUUCUCCUAUUUUUAUCUUCGUUUUGUGAUCUUUAGCUGUAACGCCUGAACUUCAUCUUUGUAUUUCGAGCAAGUGUGAUGGUUAUGAUGAUUAUGUGUUUUUCGUAUUUGUUGGAAGAUCAAUUUUUUUUGUUUUGUUUUCUGGAGUUAAAGUUAAGGGAUAGUUGCAAAUCAAGAUCAACGUCGUCUUUCAUAUUUGCUAUGUAUUAGUUGAAAUUAAGGUAUUGUUGCAAAUUUAGCAAAGUUGUUAGCAACUUUUGCAUCCCAUUGAAGUGUUAUUAGCAAAACAGGCACAAACUUUGAGGGGCUAUAUGUUGUUUCAUAAGAUA